AUGACGGCAAACCCGAAGACCGUCGGUCUUUGCAUCUUCCUCUUCCUCGCCUCGGCCCUCAUCACGCUCUCCCUCAAACAGACUCACCAUGGCGGCACCUUCCUCCCCGGCCAUCGCUCCAGCGGCCACAAAGGCGAGGUCCUUACAAAACAACAACAAAUCCUCCAAACCCACAAAGUCGCCUUUGCGACCUUCCUUGCUGGUAGCACUGCAGCAAAAGACCACACAGACGAAGAAUCCGCCGCCUUGAACGACGAAGACGAUGGAUACUACCUAGGCACCAGAGUAAUGGCCUACCAACUCCUUCACUCCAAGAGUGCCGGCACCAACAACUCCAUCCCCUUCCUCGUCCUCUGCACCCGCGACGUCUCGAAACGCAAACGAGACCGCCUCAAGCGCGACGGCGCGACCAUCGUCCUCGUCGAACGAUUAGACCCCGGCUGGGUCGCAUCCGGCAUCGACCGCUGGAAAGACGUAAUGACCAAACUCCGCCUCUUCCAACUCGUCGAAUACAGCAAAAUCUGCUUCAUCGACGCCGACGUCCUGAUCACAGCUCCCCUAGACGGCGUCUUCUUCGACGAAGCAACCCUAACCCAAGCAACCCUCCCCUCCCCCCAAAACAUAAAAGACGACGAAGGCCCCUUGCCCCGAACCUACAUGUUCGCCACACACGCCGAUUCCUGGGGUUACGAUCACCCUUACCCACCCACCACAGACCUAGACUACCUCAACUGCGGUUUCUUCGUCUUCACGCCCUCUUUAGUCCUCUUCGACUAUUACAUGAGUCUCACCAAACUCCCCGGCCGUUUCGACCCUACAUUCCCAGAGCAGAAUCUGCUGAAUUACGCGCAUAGACGAAACGGCAAUAUGCCCUGGAAAGUCAUAUGGUAUGGAUGGAAUGUGAACUGGCCGACGGAGAAGGAUUGGAGGGGUGGUGCGAGGAGUUUUCAUGCGAAGUAUUGGGAUGGCGAUCCGAGUCAUGAUCCGGUGUUGAAGGCGAUGUGGAGGGAGCAGAGGGCGGAGAUGGAGGGCUUUCACAGGGGGAGGGAUUUGGAGAAGAUCAAGGGGUAG